UUUUUUUUUGUAUGUCAGAAAUUCUUAAAAAAUUGAGAAUUUAAAUCAAAACCUGUAUGCUGCUGCGGCGCUGCCUUCCAAAUAAACACUGGCUACUUGCCUACAGUCUUGAGCUAUUAUUAGGGUUUAAUGGCACUCACAGCCUAAACGCUUCUCCACCAUUUUAGUUUAAAUCUAAUCUGUACCAAAUGCCCAACUGACUCUGCCUUUAGGGGUUGGAUUUUUAAGAUUUGUGGUGACAAUGAUGUAUGGUGAUCCUCAACACCAACAACAACAGCAGCCGGGCGGGGAAUUCCUCAGGGGUCCACCACCACCGCCACCGAUGAUGCGACAGCCUUCGGCCUCUUCAACUACUCUCAAUCCCGCAGAUUAUCACCAUCCCUCAGCCGCUGGGCCUCUUCCCCCUUCUUACGACGCUCACGGUGACAAUUUUGGCGCAAAAAGAAUGAGAAAGCUUACCCAGAGGAGAGCAGUUGAUUACACGAGUACUGUUGUCCACUAUAUGCAGAUUCGAAUGUGGCACCGGGAUUCAAGAGACAGGACAGCAUUGCAACCUACUCCAGCUUCGGCAAUUGAUAUGUUACCAACUGCUGCCUAUGCUGACAAUCCAUCAACAAGCUUUGCUGCAAAGUUUGUUCAUACAUCUCUAAACAAGAAUCGUUGUUCAAUUAAUCGGGUUGUGUGGACUCCUAAUGGGAGACGUCUAAUCACAGGCUCUCAAAGUGGGGAAUUCACUCUUUGGAAUGGACAGUCCUUUAACUUUGAAAUGAUUCUUCAGGCCCAUGAUCAAGCAAUCAGGUCCAUGGUAUGGAGUCAUAAUGACAACUGGAUGGUAUCUGGUGAUGAUGGCGGUGCAAUUAAGUACUGGCAGAGCAACAUGAAUAAUGUUAAGGCUAAUAAAUCUGCCCAUAAAGAAUCAGUUCGUGACUUAAGCUUCUGUAGGACAGAUUUGAAGUUCUGUUCUUGUUCUGAUGAUACUACUGUUAAAGUUUGGGACUUUGCUCGAUGCCAAGAAGAGCGUUCAUUAACUGGCCAUGGUUGGGAUGUGAAGAGUGUUGACUGGCAUCCUACAAAAUCUCUAUUGGUUUCAGGUGGGAAAGACAACCUUGUAAAACUCUGGGAUGCUAAAACUGGGAGAGAGCUUUGCUCAUUUCAUGGCCACAAAAACACGGUGCUUUGUGUCAAAUGGAAUCAAAAUGGUAACUGGAUGGUAACUGCUGCAAAGGAUCAAAUCGUUAAGCUUUAUGAUAUUAGAGCUAUGAAGGAGCUUGAAUCUUUCCGUGGACACCGUAAAGAUGUGACUGCAUUGGCUUGGCAUCCAUUUCAUGAAGAGUACUUUGUUAGUGGGAGUUUUGAUGGGUCCAUUAUCCAUUGGCUUGUUGGGCAUGAAACUCCCCAGAUUGAAGUUGCCAAUGCUCAUGAUAAUAGCGUGUGGGAUAUUGCAUGGCAUCCUAUUGGAUAUCUUCUUUGCAGUGGUAGCAAUGAUCAUACAACAAAGUUUUGGUGCAGAAAUAGACCUGGAGACAUUGCUCGUGAUAAAUUUAACAUUGGUCAGAACCAAGGUUAUGGUGAACAAAACUCUGCCCUUGCUGGUCGCCUGCCUGGUAAUUUCCCUGUACCUGAACCACCAACAACUCCAGGACCAUUUGCUGCUGGAUUGACUCGAAACGAAGGAACCAUUCCGGGUGUUGGAGCUGCAAUGCCAUUAGCAAUUCCAUCUUUUGAUGCAUCAGCACAGGGGGAGCAGAAACAGCCUGUUCCAAUGUCUAUGCCUCUAGCAGCCCCUCCUCUCCCACCUGGCCCACAUCCAUCUCUUCUUGCUGCCAAUCAGCAGCAGGGAUAUCAACACAAUCCUCAGCAGAUGCAGCAGCAGCAACAGCAACACCAGGCACUCCCUCAGCAAAUGCCUCCUUUGCCAAUGCCUCCAAAUAUGCAGCAGCUUCAGCCACCAUCACAUUUACCCAUGCUUCCUCAUCCCCAUCUACCUCGCCCUCCACAAGUGCCUCAUGGUAUGCCUUCACCAAUUCCAUCUUCUAUGCCAGGAUCCUUGCCUGUGAAUUCAUCAAUGUCUGCAUCGCAUCCAUUGCCAAUGCCUGGCCCAAUGGGAAUGCAAGGCACAAUGAAUCAGAUGGUCCCUCCAAUGCCACAAGGUCAUUUUAUGGGCCUGAAUGCAAUGCACUCAGGAUCCUUAUCCACAAGUGCUGCCCCGCCUGUAGGGGGCUUUCCUAAUGGCCUACCAAAUAUGCAAGGCCCAUCAAAUGUAACCGGGAACCAAAUGUAUCCACAAGGUGGACCAUUCAACCGACCACAAGGUGGACAGAUGCCAAUGAUGCCAGGGUUUAAUCCGUAUCAGUCUGGUGGUCAAUCUGGUUUGCCUCCACCACUGCCACCAGGUCCUUCACCACAUUCCCAAACACCUCAGUAGACCAUUGAUUCUUCUCUGAGCGGCUGCUGCUUAGGAGUGGGAGGAAACUACAAUCUGUACUGGUUUGCAUGUGUUAAAGCUAACUUGUGUUCAUUUUUAAUACUUUAGGAUGAUUCUUUUUGCCCUUUUUCUGUGGCCAGUGUAUAAUUUAGCCGUUAAAUGCUUUCAGAUAUUUGAUAACUUUAGUCGAGUAGAAAAUACUGUGCAAUCCUUUUUCUGCCUGGAAAUUUGUCUUCGUUCUCUGUUUUUCUUUAUUAUGUGUAAUUCAAGUUUACAUUUGAUUGGACGAUGUCAUCAAUCUUCUUGACAAUAUUUGUGAUUAAGAUUAAUUGACAUCUGCAUCGUAAGAGACUA